AUGAGACACGUAUUCUUCUCUCCCGCGAACCCAUCACAAAGAAGCGGCGUCGUUUUGUCCUACACACCCGCGCACGGUUCGAACAUAACAAACUUUCCGAAUCCCAACUUUCCUUCGAUUUUCUCGAGAAAAUCUAGCUCCGACAAAAUCUAACUGAGUCUCUGCAAGUCUUCUAUAUACAUUAGCUUAGACUCAUGGAUCGAAGGAGAAACGCGAGUCCGGUGUACACACGUCAGUGGAGCGGCGGUUCAAGCAGCACCGGCUCGUCGUCGCCGGCGAUGUCGCCGGCUCAUCCUCAGUCGAGGCUAGGUCCUUCUUCCACCGGCCUCUCCACCAUCAGGCGCACUCAAAACGUGGCCGCCAAAGCCGCCGCGCAGCGCCUGGCUCGCGUCAUGGCGUCUCAGACCGUCUCCGAUGACGGCGAGGAAGACGAUGAUCUCGGGUUCCGGUUCAGCGCUCCGCCUCCAGCCGCUCUUUCUUCUUUCUCGAGCAACGUCAAUAGUAACAAGAGUACCGGUGCUAGUGCCACCACCGUCCCUCCGAUUACGGUGGCGAGGCCUAAUAGAUCUCCUUCUCCUGCGUUAGGUCGGAACUUUGUAGAGCAUACUACUCAUGCAGUGCGUUCAACAUCAGCUGGAAGACCGGCAGUUUCAGUUCGCUCAACACAAGUGGUGCCACCCAACAAAUCAAUGCUCCGAACGCCUAUGGCUGUACCUCCAAUUGAUCCUCCUACCAAUCGGAGUAGAGAGAAAAGGUGGUUUCCACCAGAUAUCCCUAUCGGGCAACUUAACUCAAAAGAAACAGGAGAUCAGCGUGAAGCUUCUGCACUGCGUGAUGAACUCGAUAUGCUACAAGAAGAGAAUGAGAUUAUAUUAGAAAAGCUAAGACAAGCAGAGGAAAAACGCCAAGAAGUGGAGGCCAGAUCUAGGGAACUUGAGAAACAGGUUGCUUCUCUUGGUGAAGGUGUAUCCCUGGAAGCUAAACUGCUGAGCAGGAAAGAAGCUGCUUUGCGUCAAAGAGAGGCUGCUCUCAAGGCUGCAAAACAAACACAAGAUGGGAGAGAUGAGGAUAUCACAGCCCUUCGUGUGGAAAUUCAGAACCUAAAAGAUGAUGCUGCAGCAGCUGUGGAACAACAGCAAGAAGCUGAAGCUGAAGCAAAGGCCCUUCGGACGAUGACACAGAGAAUGAUUUUGACCCAAGAAGAAAUGGAGGAAGUUGUCCUGAAGAGAUGUUGGCUUGCCCGCUACUGGGGUCUUGCUGUAAAACAUGGCAUAUGUGCAGAUAUAGCACAAUCCAAGUAUGAACAUUGGUCUUCUCUAGCUCCUCUUCCUUUCGAGGUUGUCAUUUCUGCUGGACAAAAGGCUAAGGAGGAAUCUUGGAACAAAAGUGCUGAUGGUCCAGAUAGAAGCAAACUUGUUCGAGAUUUGAAUGAUCUCACUGGGGAAGGAAACAUUGAGAGUAUGCUUUCAGUUGAGAUGGGUUUGAGGGAACUUGCUUCUUUAAAGGUUGAGGAUGCUGUUGCGCUUGCAUUAGCCAAACACAGACGUCCAAAUUUGGUUCGGCAGUCCAUUUUAGAUUCCAAAUCGCCUGGUGAUGCCAAAUAUUUAGAAACAUUUGAAUUAAGUGAAGAGGAAGCGGAAGAUGUCCUUUUCAAAGAGGCGUGGUUAACCUAUUUCUGGAGAAGAGCUUUAUUUCAUGGUGUGGAUGAAGAUAUUGCAGAAGAGCAGCUUCAGUUUUGGAUUGUCCGCAGUAGGCAGUCACCAACUUCACAUGAUGCUGUCGAUGUUGAGCGAGGUUUGUUGGAGUUGAGGAAGCUGGGUAUAGAACAACAACUUUGGGAAGCAUCUCGGAAGGGAGUUGAUCAGCCUCCAGGGUCAGCAGUUGCUAAUCAUAAGCCUGCCACUGACUCUGAUGCCUCAUCGUGAUAGUACACUACGAGCCCUUAAUAUGUUGAUUGAUUCUUUGUCCUACAUGUAUAUUUUUGUUUCAUUUUCUACACAAGUUUUUAUUUCUAUACACCAAGCUUUCUACAUUGUAUUUGGGUCUAGUAGAAAGAAAGAAUAUUUAUGUUGCAAGAGACACAGUGGGUUGUAAUAAUUAGUAACCAAGGUAAGACUGAAUUUUUCCUCAUUCUUUUAAUGAAAUUUUGUAAUCUAAGA